UUAUAUUUAAGAUUUUCAAGUGAUGUCAAUCACCGAUCUACCGCCUUUACCAAAAAGUCUCAGCGGCGUUAAUAAAAUGCUUGGAUCUGAUUCCGGUUUAAUUAGCGAUGCCGAUAUUGAUACGUGCUCGGAGAAUAACAACAACAAAAGCAAAGUACAUACAAGCCAAAAAGAUGAUGCCAAUCUAAGUAGUAAUACUAGCAAUCUCCAAACGAAUACAGCCAAUAUAAGCUUAAUUAGUAAAACAAAAAGCGAUGAACAAAAUGAAAACAAUAACGAGUCGACCUUAUCGAUAUCACCACCAGAAACGGCCACUGGAAAUACUUUAGAUAAGCAAUUAGCCACGCUGAGAAAGGAAAUGGUAAGAAUUGUUAAUGAAUUAUUCAUUUUUAACUGA